CGUUGCUUGCUGGUGUUCAGCGAGGAAAGCCCUCGGCAGGGAUGGGAAACCAGGGCCAGCCGAGCCCGAGAGAGGCAGCAGCUUUCCUUACAAGGAGUUUGGCUGGGGCUCAAGUGGCUAAAGUUGCAGGGAGUCAGAGGUUUUUUCCUUCCCUCCCUGCCUCAUUCAUUCAAGCGCAGGGCUGGAGCAGGCAGUCGUGGGAGCCGUCGCCGAGAUCCCAGUGACUCGCUCGCCCCGUCUGCGCCCGGCGGGUGGCAGCUGCUGGGGACGCGGCGCGUGGGUGCCCCCCUGGACCGGCUCCGCGGAGACGUGGGUGCGUGUGCGUGCGUGCAGAGGCAGCCCUGGCUCCGUGGAUACAAGCAAGAAAGUCUUCCCAGAAACUUCAUCCUUCUGGGCAUCCCUCAUGACAACCCGGCUCUGGCUUUAAGGCAGGAGAAUGUCUUCGAUGUUCGGCAAACCCCGGGCUGCCCCCAGCGCCGCCGACCGCCUGCCCCACAGCCUGGUGCCCGAGUGCAACGUGGCGAUCCUGGGAUGCCGAGGAGCUGGCAAGUCGGCGCUAACGGUGAAGUUUCUGACCAAGAGGUUUAUAAGUGAAUACGAUCCUAAUUUGGAGGACACCUACACCUCAGAAGAAAUCGUGGACCAGCAGCCGGUGCUGUUAAAAGUGAUGGACACGGCUGACCAGGAUGCACCACUCAACUGCGAGCGCUAUCUGCACUGGGCCAACGUGUUCCUGGUCGUCUACAGCAUUGACAACAAAAAGAGCUUUGAAGGUUGCCAUCAGUACCUGGAUAUCAUUUCCCUUCACUCGAAAGGCAUUCAGCACAAUUAUCCUGUCCUUCUGCUGGGAAACAAGUUAGAUAUGGAGCAAUACAGACAGGUCACCAAAUCCGACGGGCAGGCUCUCGCUGCCAAGUACGGGUGCUUGCUUUAUGAAGUUUCCGCCUGCCUGGAUUUCGAAUCUGUGCAGCACGUGUUCCACGAAGCCGUGCGGGAGAUGAGGCGGGAGAUGGAGAAGAGCCUGCCAGUCCGACCCCUGUUCAUCACCGAGGAGAGGCCAUGCCUGCACGUGGUGACACCAACGCCCGUGGCCUCCAGACACGGCCUGGCCAGCUGCACGUUCAACACGCUCUCCACAGUCAACUACAAAGAGAUUCCCUCUGUUGCACAAGCCAAGCUGGUCACAGUGAAAUCUUCCCGGGCCCAGAGCAAGAGGAAAGCUCCCACAUUGACUUUAUUGAAAGGCUUUAAAAUCUUUUAAGGCUUGACCCUACUGGCCCUGACUGCUUCAGUGCUUGAGGGAAAGCAGCAGCCACGGGGGUUUGGGGGACCUGGAGAACUGUUCUCCAAGUACAGCUGUGGCGUCAAGGUGCUGUUCUGGGGCAACAGUGGCUGGCUGCCUGGCAUUAGUGGCUGACCACAAUACACAUGGACUUAGCUGUACACAAAGCACUUUGUUAGGAUGCAACGAUUGAGGCCCAGGACGGAGUGCAGAAGACCCUGCAACUUGGUCCUUUCUCUCUGAAUGACUGCCUGUUUGUUCGUUCCCUGCAGCUUACUACGGACGUGGCAUUUGCACACUGCCCCUAUCAUUUGCACUGGGUGUUAGUGUCACUGUUGGUUAUAGCAGAAGCAAGACGUCUGUAUUUUGUAUGUGUACAUAGACAUAUAUAUAUAUUUUGGAAGCCUAUGUUAUAUGUGCUGUCUACAGGAUGAGAAGUGGACUAUGCUUGCCUUGGCCGUGAGUUAAAUACAUUUUGCUUUUUGCUCCUUCAAAGCCACAUCCUGUGCUUCUUGAGCAAAUUAGCACUGUGUCUUGAAAAAAUCAGCCCUCGGUAAUGCACACUAGAGGAUUAGCUAAAAUGGGCAACAUAUGUAAUAGCUGAGCCCAGAGUAAGGUCUGUGCUAAUGCUGAUGAAAUGAGUGGCAUGGCAAUUCAGGGUGGCAUUUGGUUCGUGCUGGCAGUGUUGAAGUCCUGCCGUGCGCAGGCAGGAAUCUGGGGGAGGCCGAGCAGACGGAAGUCGGAGUUAAGCUUGCUCCGGGUACGUGAGCGCUGCAUUUCUGUCUUUUCCAAUAUUAGGGUGAUUUUUGAAGGAGAUUUGGAAGCUUUUUUGUAACGGAGAAUUUUUCAGCUUUUCCAUGAAUGGCAAUAUUCUUUGCAGGUCUCCCCCCUAAAGUUACUAACAUAUCAAUUUACAGCUUUGAUUCCCUUUUAAGUGGAUGGAUUUAUAUGGAAAUUCAGAUGUCAGUCCAGUUUGACUUCCACUGAAAUCAACUGAAAAAUUCCCAAUGUCUGUGCGAGCAGG